AUCUUGCUCGCUUGCAUCAUCUGUUCGUUCCAUGUCAAACGGACGGAGGAGCUGCGCGGAUCUGCUUCUCGACGAUCUGUCCAGCUUCUCGGGCUCCGCCCCUUCCAAAUUCCAUUCCGUCGCCGCCGCCGCUCCAAUCUACUCCAUCUCGCACCCGGUCAGCCAGCCAGCGCAGCGAGGAUCAAGAUCCGAUGGCAACCGACGAGACAACUCCACGAUGCUACCGUCGGCUUAAGAGGGCAAGCGAUGUCACCGCCGCCGCCUCUUGCUCCAAGCGGGUGUGUAUGAGCAAGGAGCACAGCAGUUACGAUCAGGACAGGAUUAGCAGCUUACCUGACGAGAUGCUCAUCCUGAUUCUUGACAAGCUUGACGCUCGCACAACAAUAACCACAAUUCUUUCGAAGCGAUGGCUGCAUCUUCCUCGGCGCCCCCGCACAUGCUAUGACUUCGCCAUUGAUGACCUCCUCCCUCCACGCUACUACAGGGUGAGGCAGCUGUGGAUGGAAGCCAAGGCAGCAUACGAGGCAGAGAAGGAACCAUAUGUGGCAUCAAGGAGGGAUAUUGAUCCAGACCUGACCGAGUUUUAUGCCAUGAAGGACAAGAUGGAUCAGUGGAAGAGGACAGGUCGACUCAAAGCUGCCGUGGAGCGCUACGAACGCCGGGCCAUUCGUUGCUACGUCAAGCGGGUGGAUGCGUUCCUUCGGCCUCCCGAUGGUGUACAGCGAACUGUCCAAAAGCUAAGGCUUCAGACCUUUGCAGGCGGCCGUUGGAACCAAUUCAUUCAGGGAUGGAUUAUUGCAGCCAUUGCCAGGUGGGGAGUUGAGGAUUUCGAGUUCAGUGUUAAAGACGGUUGCAUCUGCUAUGACUUCGAUAAAUUGUACAGAUUCCAGAAUGUGCGGCUGAAGCGGCUCACGCUGUGCAACUGCCUUCCCUUGGGCCUAUUUAGGCCCCGUGUCUUUCAACUUAAGAUUAUUAUAAUUCCUUGACGUUUCAGAGGCUUACCAAACUCUCAGCGUGGAAAGCUUCACACUUAGCAUUGAUUAGUUAUGCUUUGACAAACUGUGUGCAUCUGGUGGAUCUAAAUAUCAGAUAUUUACCAGAGUACCAUGCUGGUGUUCACAUCAUUGUACCGACAUCUAGGUUAAAGAAUCUGCUGGUGGACAAGUGCAAAAUUGGGAAAAUCUAUCUGCAUUUGCUGCCUUGUCUUGAAACGUUUGCUUGCCGGGCAUGUAAGCUUGGACUACUUAAAAGACAAAGGUUGCAUCAAAAUCAAUCCAAGUGUUAGCAACAUAUCAUUUCCACUGAGCAAAUUCUUGAAGAGGAUUCCGCCAAUAGAGAGCCUCGUUCUGCAGUUCAAAGGGCCUGAGGUGCGCAAUCAUA